CCACAACAUAUAUACACAACUUAAGCAUCUGUCAGCGCUAUUCUUAGGGCUGAUAGUGACACCGAUAUCUUGUUCAUACAAGCUGUAUGUUUUUGCGUGGCUCUUAACGUAACUGUAGAUAGUUGCACCAUCGAUACUAUGGUGCAGACGCGUUGGACAUGCAGCCUGGCUAUCAUGCUCCUUGUCCUUUGCAAAUGCCAUGUUACAUCAUCCCGGCAUAUCGCAUCCCUAGAAGACUUUGACCAUGACAUGCAGCUGUCCCGUCAAUUGCUACAGUCUCAGGAUCGCAACCAAACGGAUACGGGCAGAGACCCGUACCGGUUCGCUGAAGCCAUAACCUUGUACUGUCUUUUUGCCUUAUUUGUCAUAGCUAGUGUCAUCACGUGCAUCCUAGGUCUGGUGGUAACGUUACAGUGGCCCAACCCUCACAUAUGCUGCUACCGCACGCCAUACUCGGACAUACCAGCACUUGAGUCAUGCGGCUGCUGUGCGCUGCACCGAAUGAACAUAGGUUUCGGAGUGACAUGGCUAGCGCUGCUGGUACUCCUGGUGCUAGCAUACGUGUACCUCAUGCCUGUAGCUGCCGUACUAGCUGUACUGCAUGCCGCAGUAGGGUACCGCCUUGUACGACAAAUCAAAGCGUCGUACGGACGAAAUCGCAGCGGCGGCGGUGCUGGUGGCAUAGCGCAGCAGCUGCAGCUGUCGGGGAGUGCGACGGACCCGCCAGGGCUGGUGACCGGCGUUGUGGUGACUGCCCCUCCUCCCCCUGGCGUGGCCAUCCCCGGCAUCCCCGUCAUGCUGGUCCCCCUCACGGUGGCGGAGGUGGGCGCGCAGCUGCACACGCAACACGCAUUCAACAGACAACAGCAGACGGCGGCGGCGGAGGGGACAGCAGCAGCGGGGCGGCCGGCGGCGGCGGUGCUGCCACCCGCGGCCUGCAGCCCCAUGUCACGAGGGCCUUCAAGGUCGGGUGUGGCACUGCCACCGGUAGUGGCGGCGGCCGAUGCAUUGCAGGAGGGUGCUGCGGCUGAGGGGUGCUCCAGCCAAGCCACACAAGGAGCGCAGAGCCCAGCACAGUUGCCGCAGCAAGGGCGGCCGGAGCAGCAAGGGGCACAGCAGCAGCAGCAGCUCUCGCAUGCAGGUCAGCAGCAUGAGGGGCAUCCGCAGCCGCAGGUUGGGCAGCCUGAUGUUGGGGAACGUGAGGAUGGCAGUGUGCUACAUCGGUAGGCCCUACAUGCGGCGCCUCAAUUUAUUUGGGAUUGAGUGACAUCGGAAGGGAAGGGUGCUGGGCUACUGGCUCCUAUACACACGGCCCUUGCAUAAUGUGUCUGCAAAUGCGGUUUCGAGGUUGGUGUUAGGUUGGUAGGAGCUGGGAAUAUUCACGAGGCAAUGCGGGGCAAGAGCGUCAUGGCUCUCGCCUGCAGGCAUGCUGCUUUCUUAUGUAUGAGGACGCAUGGUGUAUUGCCAGGCUGUAGCUUAUGCCCGGCUUCUGAUGUGCAGAUAUUGUGGGGGUAUUAUCGGCGGUAUGGUUGUGCAUACAUAGCCCGAUGGCGGGUGAUGACGUAAGAAGUGGUAGAUAUGGGUUUGUACUGUACCAGAAGUGUAGCAGCGUAGCAGUGAUGACCAUGUGUGUCGAGUGUGUCCAGGAAGGCGGCUAGCUAGGAAGGUGGGCUGACGACGCUGACUUUGAAAGACUGAGGUAGGGGCAUACGCUGCAUGUACUUAUACUUGAACGUUUGGUGCAUCAUCAAACGCAAAGAGGGGUGCUGACCGUUUCGGAGGGCGCACCACACAUGCAGGUAGCAGGGGCGCGCGCACCUUUGGGUGCCCAUGCACCAUCGGUGUAUUUUCCAUCCCAAAGGCUGUCCUGGCAAUCAGUGGACCUUGGCCCGCAUGAAACUAAUCCUUGUGUAUGAUGGAAGUGAACAUAUGGGGCCGGCCAGGAAUGCGCUAGAGAUUGGACCAUGGUCUGUAGACUGUUAGGUCAGUAUGAUGAACAAUGGACGUUAGUGGGCUUCUUCAUUAUUAGGCACCGCAGGAAGAAGGAUAGGGAGUCCCUGGCAAACGUUUUUUGUCGGACACUCUGAUGCCCUCGACACGAUCACAUGAGGCCAAAAUCACAAUUCUAUUCAAGCCAAAUGACCCAUGGGUCGGAGCGGAGUGGCUCCCGGUACCGG